UAGCCCCCUUUCACUCUUUCACAUCAUUUCUUCUUCUCCUUCUUCUUCUUCUUCUUCUUCUUCUUUUUUGCCUAUAUCUAUCUAUCUAUGAUCCACCACAUGGAAGAAGAAGAAGCACCAAAUAAUCCCAAAACAGUCAAACUUGUUCCUGACUGCGGAAUAAUGCAACAAUGCCCUCACCACCACAACCACGCCGGCGGUAUCUGUGCUUUCUGCCUCCAAGACAAGCUUGGCAAGCUUCUCUCUUCUUCUUUCCCCGCUCCCAUUCAACCCUCUUCUCCUCCUUCUUCUUCUUCUCCUUCUCCUUCUUCUCCCCCUCCUCCUCCUUCUUUUAGAUCCAACAACACUCCUCCUCCUUCUUCUUCUUCUUCCCUCCCUACCAAGAAAACCGAUCACUACACGCGCUCCCGCCUCCCUUUUCUUCUCGCAAACAAGACUUGUGCUAAGAAGAAACAACACUCCUCAUCUUCUUCCACUUCUGCUCCUGCUGAUGUCGUUUUGAAGCGCAGCAAGUCCACUGCAACUCCAAGGAGGGACACCAAGUUCUUCAACAACCAUGAUAUACUCAUUCAAGACUUCACUCCCAGAAAGAGAAACGGUUUCUGGUCCUUCCUCUAUCUCUCUUCAUCUUCUUCUUCCUCUUCCUCCAAGAAGCUUCAUGCCAACAACAAUGGCGCCACCCCAAGGGUCUCUGCAAGCAUUUCCUCAGCUUCGGGCUUGACCAUCACCAAGCCUACCACUACCACGGUUGCCGGCGGUUUGCAAGAAAGUAGCGACGGUUACGUUUCUGUUUGUUCUUCGUUUGAGCGAAAGGUUUCAAGAUCCAGAUCUGUUGGCUGUGGUAGCAGCAGAAGCUUCUCCGGUGACUUCUUUGACAGAAUCUCAAACGGCUUCGGUGAUUGCACUCUCAGAAGAGUCGAAUCUCAGCGUGAAGGGAACCAUAACAAGCAUCACCACCAUAAUCAACAGUGCAUGAAGGAGAGAGUCAAGUGUGGAGGAAUAUUCGGUGGCUUCAUGAUGAUGCCUAACACUUCUUCUUUUUCUUGA